GCACGGACCUAGGCCACAGAACUCGGGGCCACCUAGAUGUCCCAAUUGCUCAAAACAACACUUUGGGAAGUGCAAUGAACCACCGAGGUGUUUUAAGUGCGGGAAUGCGGGCCAUAUGAAGGCCAAUUGCCCUCAAUUGAUGCAAGAGAGUGCCUCGGGAGCCGGGGGAGGGACCAUGACGGGAAGGAACCGUGCGGGACCGUCAAACGGCGGCACGGGAAGAGGCGGCGCAUCCACAAGUCAUGCCGCAUCCGUCAACCAAGGUGGGACCCAAGCCCGAGUGUACGCGAUGACCGAGGCGGAUGCGAGAGCAAACCCGGACUCCGUUGCAGGUUGAAGCUAGGGCUUGCUACCUGCACCUUUCUACGGGUGACAUCAAAUCAAGGAAGACGUGGCAAUUCAAGGUGGAUUUGUUAGCACAUACCUACUCAUGUAGGAGAUGGGACCUCACUGGGCUGCCAUGUGGUCAUGCUAUUUGUUGUAUUUGGAAGAGUGGAGAAGCUGUUGAGAAGUUUGUGCACAAGUGCUACACAGUGGAGUCCUAUCUUAGGCCUAUGAACCUGACAUUGUCCCAUUAAUUCUUCUGAGCAGUGGCACAAAUCAGGAUUAGCACCACCUAUUCCUCCCAAGUACAAAGCACAACCUGGCCAGCCAAAAAAGAGGAGAAGAGUUAGUGAAACUGAGAUUGAGGAAGGAAGACUGAAACAUAAGCUUGGUAAGUCUUGCCAAGUUAAAAAAUGCAGUGUGUGUGCGGCAUUGCUGGUCACAACAAAUCAACAUGCAAACAGAAAGCAUCUCAGCGAAUGUGAAAUCUGAAUUUACUAAUGUCAGUACUACCGAAGUACCUGCUACAGUCUUGGAAGAAAUGGACCUUUUCAACUCUCAACAAAGUACCUCUAUGGCAACAACUACGCUUCAAGGGAAAGGGCAACCAACAGAUGAGGUGAUGAUUCAAGUGGGAGGGCAACGAAACAAAGUGAAAAAAGUACCAAGCCUCCCAAAAAAGAAUAGAAGUCGAUGGGCCGUGACAAAGAAAAAGUGAUUUCCGGGAAGUGGAUGAUUUUUGUGUGUGAAACAUAUAUGCUAAAUUUGCAUCCUAUGUAAUGUAGAUGGCAUUAUAUUUUUGCAGGUGAUAAACACUUAUGCCUAGGGGUGGGCGCGGUCCGGAACGGUCCGGUAAAUUAGUAAACCCCGUAAUGUAUCCGUGAGGUUUGUAACGGUCCGGUACGGUCCUGUUCUAAGGAUGGAACCAUUCGGUACCAUGUUGUUUCGGAACGGUAUAAAACGGUACGGUACAAUACCAA